AUGAACUUAUUGCCAAGUGGAAUAUGUUUUUAUUUAUCUGUAGCAAUCUGCUGGCUGACGGCCGAGGUCGAUGCGUCCUGGUGGUACAUGGGCACCCUGGGGUCUCAGGUGAUGUGCGACAACAUCCCCGGCCUGGUGAACCGGCAGAGGCAGCUGUGCCGGCAGAACCCCCGCGUGAUGCAGGCCAUCGGGGCCGGCAUGAAGGACUGGAUCUCUGAGUGCCAGCACCAGUUCAGAAACCACCGCUGGAACUGCACCGCCACGGCCAGGGAGCAGCUGUUCGGACGCCUGCUGCUGAGGAGUAGUCGAGAGGUGGCCUUCAUGUACGCUAUCUCCUCAGCGGGGGUGGUCUACACGCUGGCUCGGGCCUGCUCUCAGGGGGACUUGGACUCCUGCUCCUGCGACCCCACCAAGACGGGCUCGUCCCGGGACGCCCGAGGGUCCUUCGACUGGGGGGGGUGCAGCGACCACGUGGAGCACGCCGUGCGCUUCAGCCAGGGCUUCGUGGACGCCAAGGAGAGGAAGCAGAGGGACGGGCGGGCGCUGAUGAACCUGCACAACAACCGGGCCGGCAGGAAGGCGGUGCGGCGCUUCAUGUCUCUGGAGUGUAAAUGUCACGGGGUCAGCGGCUCCUGCAGCGUUCGGACCUGCUGGCUGGCGAUGGCCGACUUCAGGCUGACCGGAGAUCACCUGAAGAAGAGGUACAGAGGCGCCGUGCAGGUGAACGUCAACCAGGACGGCACCGGCUUCACACACACACACACACACUUCAAGAGGCCCAGCAAGAACGACCUGGUGUACUUCGAGGACUCGCCGGACUACUGCGUACGAGACCACGAGUCAGGCUGGAUGGGUACGGGGGGGCGUCAGUGUAACCGGACGUCCCGUGGCGCUGACGGCUGCGAGGUGCUGUGCUGCGGCCGCGGAUACGACACGUCGAGGGUCAGCCGCACCACGCAGUGCGAGUGCAAGUUCCACUGGUGCUGCGCCGUGAUCUGUAGAGACUGUGAGGAGACCAUCGACCUGAACACCUGCAAGGGACACACGUGACUCGCUGAACUCUCAUUGGUCCAGAGGAAACACCUGCAAGGGACACACGUGACCCGCUGAACUCUCAUUGGCCCAGAGGAAACACCUGCAAGGGACACACACGUGACCCGCUGAACUGUUAUUGGUCCAGAGAGGAAACACCUGCAAGGAACACAUGUGACCCGCUGAACUCUCAUUGGUCCAGAGGAAACACCUGCAAGGGACACACGUGACCCGCUGAACUCUCAUUGGUCCAGAGG